GACGUAUAUUUGACGUAUAAUUUACUGAGGCUGUGGUAUUAUAAUAUUAUUUACUUACGAUAUUUACGCAAUUUGAGGAGUGAGUAAAAAUAAUUGCAGUAUAUUACACUACAGAAUAGGAACGGUUAUUUAAGUACACAUAAAUUUAUAGAUCUAGUAAUGGGGCAAACCCUAUCUGAGCCGGUGACGGAAAAGCAGUCAUCAACAUGUCAGGAUUCAAGAUACCUUGUAGGAUCAUCAUGCAUGCAGGGAUGGCGUGUUUCUAUGGAUGACUCUCAUACUCACAUAUUGUCAUUACCUGACGACCCUGGUACUGCUUUCUUUGGUGUUUAUGAUGGACACGGAGGGGCAAACAUAGCAGAGUAUGCAGGGAAACAUCUACACAAGUUCAUCACAAAUCGACCGGAGUAUCAUCUGGGUAACAUUGAAGAGGCACUAAAACAGGGUUUCCUCGAUCUCGACCAGGCGAUGCUGGAGGAAGAUAUGCUGCAAGAGAAGGUGGCUGGUAGCACAGCUGUUGUGGUGCUCAUCAAAGACAAUGUCUUAUACUGUGCUAAUGUUGGUGAUUCUCGUGCCAUCGCCAGUGUUAAAGGAGCAGUAGAAGCGUUAUCAUAUGACCACAAGCCUAAUAAUGAGGAGGAGCUUCGAAGGAUCACAGCAGGUGGAGGUUGGGUCCAGCUGAACCGGGUUAAUGGAAACCUUGCCUUAUCCAGGGCGUUAGGCGACUACGUGUUUAAGCGGAAUUAUAGGCUACCCCCACAAGAGCAGAUUGUCACUGCAUUUCCCGAUGUCCAAGUGAAGCAGAUAAAUGAAGAUUGGGAAUUCAUCGUGAUCGCGUGCGACGGUAUUUGGGAAGUUUUAUCCAACGAAGAGGUGAUUUCCUUCUGCCGUGCUCGACUGCUAAGUGGUUGGCAGCCGGCCGCAGUGUGCGAAGCCCUCAUGCAGCGGUGCCUUGCACCGAACUGUGCCACGGGUGGCCUCGGCUGCGACAACAUGACGGUCCUGCUUAUUUGCCUUCUGCCGUUUCCCAGGGUGGAUGCGAUGGAGACAGUACCUGGAGAACAGCUGCUUAAUAAUAAAUUUAUGACAAAGAUGGAAGACUUGCUUUACGUGGAAGAUGAAGAGGAAGAUCUUAAAUGAACCAUUUGUUGUUGUUCUGGUGUAAAUGUGUGUACAUAGCGUAGUAUAGUGUAGUUGAUACUAGAAGAAUAUACAUGUUCACAUCAUUUGGGACUUGGAAGCCGAGAAAGGUUAUAAUGGCGGUUGGUUAAAAUGCGGUGUGAGUAUAAUGUGUGGGAAGUAACUUGAAAAUCAGAAGUUCCUGAAAAAUAAGACAGAGAGAGAUAGAUAGAAAUACAUUAAGUUCUGUUUGUCUUUUUCGUGUGAUUUCUUCUAGCAAAUAUGGUGACUUUAGUUAUUAUUAGCUAUUUUAAUAUUGAAUACAGACAAGCUUCAACACAAAAUGAGAAAAUAUGUCACUUGGUGUAUUGGUGGUACACAAAUGUGCAAUAUUUAUAAAAUAUAUUUUUUUAUGUUUGUAUAUUUCAAGUAAUAAGCAGCGAUAAAAGGUAUGUACAAAAAAAACCUGUUGUUUAAUAGAAUUAUUUAUUUUGAUGUUUGGAAUUGAUUUUAGAAAAUUUACGCAAAAAGAUUCUUCAUAUAUUUUUAUUAUGUCGCAGUUUAUAUUUUAUUUAGUAAUUUAAGAUAUUAUCGUUUUCAUUUUACAAGAGAUUUAUUUGUAUAACUUUUGUUACGUUUAGAAAAAAAGUAACAAGCAUUUAAUUACUUAUGGUUUUAUAUUUUAAGAGCUGAUCCCGGUAAUGCAAUGUAUAAAAUAAAAUUUUCAUAACAUUUUGUACGAUAUUUUGUUACGACUUUUUUGUGUUAUAAAAACUCGAUAAGACAGAUAAAGAUAAAAAAUAUAUAUGUCUUUUUUGUUGUUUUAUCCUUUCUCUUAUUGUUAUAUGUUACUUUUAGACUUCAGAAAAUAUAGUUUGAACUCAAUAGAUAUAAAUAACAGUAAUCACGUAGUCAUAUUUAGUCGAAAGUUUAAACUCUAAAAUUAGUUUAGUGUUUGACAGUUAACGGCUAGUUUACCUUUUUAUUUAAAAAGGUCGUGAAGUUUUUAAAAAUAUAAAGAUAAACAAUUUCUGUACACUUUGUUCAUAAUUUUACUUUGUCCAUAAUUUUACUAGAGAAUGCGAUGGAACAACGACUGGAAUUUUCUAGAUUUUGUACAUUUUACACUGUAUUUUAGUUUCCCGCUUCUCUACAUCAAAUUCUUAAAUACGUAAUAGUUAAGAGUUUCUGUUUACAUUAUCUGUGCCAAAAAGAAUUCAGUAGCUUUUGUAUGGACCAACCAUUUGAAUAUUACUUAUAGCAUAAUUCCGAUCAAAAUAUUCCGAAUAAUCCACAUUAUUUUAAUGCUUAAAAUUUUAACAACGAAUUCGUGUUGUAAUAACAGUAGUUGUUCAUCGAUAACUUUUGAGUUUUGUAUUUGUUUUUUUGUAUAAAAAGCGUUCAGCGGCGCGUGAGGCUUAGCGGCGCAUACAACACGAGUGGCUGCCACCCGGGAUACUACUUAUGGAAUGGAAUAGAAUAAUUUUUAUUCAAUAUUGAUUAUUACAUAAUACUUAUUGAAAGUCAUUUUUAUUUACCACUGGUUCGGAAUAUCUCUGUCCUGGGAAGAACCAGCAAGAAUAUAUUUUUAUAAUUUUUUAUUUUUUUUUAUUAAUUUACGAUAUAGUACAAGGGUGUAUGAAAGUAUGAUUAUUUUGCACGCCUAAUCCUGACGCUCCUGCUUUCACGUUCGACACUCAGUUUCUACACCUAGGUCCUGUGUACAAUGCGUUGUGCCUUAUCACAUGGAAAAUCAAUCAUUAUUAGUUCGUUAACCGAUUCGUUGCGGCACCAAUUUUCGACAACUUUUAGCUGUGAAGGCGAACAAAUAUUUCAUGGCACGCCUGGCGUGUCAAGUGCCACAGUUACAAACGGAAGGAUACUUGUUUUUAGUGGGUAACUACGUGUUUUUCUACGUGUUUUCUUUGAAAUUGAGAGUGACUUUUUAUGCAGAGAUUACAAACAUUUUGUACUAUUUUUUGUUUUAUAAAAAAAAUCAUUUUUAUAGGCACAGCUAAAUCACCCCGGAAAGCCUUGGUUUUUAUUAAAUUAAAUUUUCACCUAAUAAUAAUAUUUGUGAAUAUCAAACAAUCAAGAACCUUAAUUUGGAAAAAAAUAAGGUUUAUGAUUCAUUAAUAUGUCAAAUGUUAAAUAUUAUUUAAUGUUAUACAAAUGUAAAAGCAAAGUCGAUUUGAAAACGUCUAAUUAGUAAGAAUAGCAAAACAAGUGUUUUCAAAAGGAAACAAACGCCGGCGCUAUACGGCGGCGGAUUGACGAAAGAUUAUUUAUUAGCGAACUUUUUUUAUGCACGAACGGUUUCAAACUGUUUCAAGCAAAAAUAAACCUUAUACCAUAUCACAAGAGCACAUGGUACUUCGUAGGUCUCUUACCAUAGUAAUAGACCAUACAUAGGCCAUACGAUAGUAAUAAGACGGCAGUUCAACCAUUUUAAACAAUAAGACAAACGCAUUGUUUUUUUAACAGGAGACUUGUUUUCCAGAAAUUUAUUUACAAUUUGAGUUUUUAAGCGAUCGCAAUGAGUGCUAUUAUUUGUUACUUAUUAGACUAUUUUUCCACAACAUGAUUGAAAACCCAUAAAGUAAAAAGAGUACCAUGUACAAGUUAAAAAAACGUCAAACCCUAAACAUUUCAAAUUUUCAAAAUAUCCAGAAACGAAGCUGCAGGCAUGAACUACUUGCAAAAUGAUGAAUAUUUUGUCCUGGAUAAUUUUUCCAAAAACGCAAUUUGAGCGAGUUAUAACGAUUUAAAAAAAGACACGACUCGUGUGUCAUACGCCACACACAAAAGUAAUCGAUGGCACGCCUGGCGUGUCAUCUGCACUAAACAUCUUUACGACAUUUCACUCUUCUUUUAUUUUAUAUUUUACGUAAAUAGGUUAAAUAAUAGUAUACUCACGCAAGCCCGGUGAAACGUUACAAGAAAACAUGUCGGUUUUUUAAAUACCGUACUAAAUUUCUUAGGACGAUAGAAUUUUCACUUCAAAACUAAAUUGUCAAAAAAAAAAACUGAUGUUACAUUAUUUUUCGUAAAUUGUACACAUGUAAAUUGUAUGUGUAAAUUGUAUCUCUUCUAUUUCAUUGCGUCUAUAUGUUGUGCCUUGAAGUAUUUUUGUAUUUCGUUACUGUCGAUUAGUGUAGACAUUUUUUCAUAGUUAAUUCGUAACUGUUGUCUGGUAUAUUAAAAAAAAAUAGUAAACCUGUAGUUUAAUUAAUAUAAUUAAGGAAAAGUGACGAUGUAUGAAUUUUCAGCUCCGUCACAGUCUAACUACUAGUACUUCGGUCAUCGAAGGCGUCUAGACUGGGCAAUUGUGCGGUGCGGUGCGGGGCGAGACGCGGGCGGAACGCUACCGGGCGGCCGUUAGCCACUCGGUAACUGUCCGCUGGGGUUGUCCCGUCACGUAAAUAAAUUAAAAUGGUUCACACUACAUGUGCGGUAAAACCUGUCAUAUAAAGAUAAGAAAUUAGUUUCAUCAGUUUCCACAUACACAUUAAUUUGUUUAAACGUGAAAUAAAAUAAAAUCUGUUAUCUUUCUGACAACCCUAGCAAUUUUUUGUUUAUGUCGGCUUUUCCGACAACAUCAAACGCGAUGACCGACUGUAUGUUCUUAGGCUGUGGCCCCGUGUCGUAAACUGCGAGCUAUUCCAUCUAUUUUAAAUCUUUAUGUCUAGUCUAGAUAAAUAUUAAAAUUAUACAUUGUCAAUUUUCUAAAUAUUUUCACAAAAUAUACCUAUUAGGAAAUAAUUUCUCUUUUUAAAUAAAAACAGCAUCGUUGUUCAUAAUAUACCGCUUUUAUUUUGUUUUCUUUUGCCUUGGUAUGAAUAAGAAACUAUUUUUACUUUUUUGCAGGCCUAGUCGCUAACCUCGUUGACAUUAAAAUGAUGGUCACUUUUAAGUACAUUGCGGUGAAUACUAUAUAGUUUUUAUCAAAGAGCUGAAAUAUUAUAAACAUACGACGUAAUGUACUACAACGUAUAUCUAAUUAAUAUGAACAAAGUUAGCGAAUAGGCCUGCUGGUCGCAUUUAUACAAUUAGAAAUUUUAAAUGUCUUAAUGAUGAUUGAUACCAAAUGAUAAUAAAUAAUACUACCCAAUAGCAUCAUUUAUUGCGUUUAGAUCAGCAGUGUGUGGAUAAAGAAAUAAUUAUAAUUAUAAAUUUUAACAAAAAGUAAAAACCGUCUUCAAAUUGCUAAAAAAGAAUUUAUUUAUUUGCUACUCUUAGGGGUCGAAUUUUUUUUCAAAUGUAUUGUAUUUAAUAAAAAAAGAAUCGUCAAAAUUGGUUCACAAUCUGCGAAGAUAUCGCAUCACAUAUAUAUAAUAAAAAGAACAUACACCCGAAUUGAUAAGCUCCUCCUUUUUGAAGUCGGUUAAAAUGUGUUGGUAUUUGCAAUAAUUGACGUACGAAACCAAGCAUGAAAUGGUUUUGAGGCAGAUUUACGUUUAGCGGUCUCCCUCAAGUCAGAAGAAUAUGACUGACAUUUUAUUUUCAUUUAAAAAGAAUCCUGUUAUUGAAUAGGUGUUUCUUUUAUGUAUUUUGUUGUUGUAUCAUGCAAUUUAGUCAUUUAUUUUAGUCACUAUAAACUACAACUUACUACAAACUACUACGAACUGUUAAUUUGAAUAUAGACUCAUAGUAUGUUCGUAAACAGCGAACAGACUAAGAUAUAUUAUACAUAGUUUAGUUGUGAAAAUCAUUAUAUUUAUACCGUACCGUCACAUUUUAAAGACCUUACAGUUGUGAAACGCGUUUGAUGUCAGGCGAUGCCGUCGCCCGCGACCAGCGUGUAUGCUAGGGGUUGUCACGAAAAUGAAAAUAAAAUAAUUUUGAAUAUUCAGUAUAAUACUCAUUAUCAUUUAUUAACAUUAUUUACAUACUUAUAAGUUAAAAACUCAAUUGAACAAGAUCAUUUUUAUUACUACAAGAAAAAAAAAAACACAUUUACCAGUGUUGCACUGCUAAAUAUUUUCGUGACACUUUCUUUUUAUGGAUGUUUUCAGUUUUCGAUUGUUAAAUUUAAUUAUGUAGUAUAUUCGCAUUCGGAUAAACAAUUGUAUCUAUGAGGGAAACAUAAGCAUGGCUGUCAUUUUAAUUCAAUUUUACUUAAAAACUCAUAUAAUUAUAACAAUAUUUCACAAUUAUAGAUAUUUUUCAAAAACGGCACUUAAAAGAGUAGUUAAAUAAGUACUAUAAAACAUGCUCUCGCCAACCGCAUGUAUUGUCUAUCAGACUCAGUGAAGUGCGCUGGCACAAGGUCGGCCUGCCGCCUGCCCCGCAAGGCCUGUUGCUUUGCACAAGUACAUUCGUUUCUAAACUGUAAGGAGGUCUUUAAACUGUGGUACCGUACCAGAUUAUUAAAAUAUGUUUAUUAAUUAUUAGAAUGUGGUAUUGAAGUAGUUCAUUUAGUAAAAUGACUAGCUACUUAAAACGUUGUGACAUAUCUGUAAAUUCACUAGUCAAGUUAGUUGAGUGGUGUGUACAGUACUUUACUAUGGAUAUUGUUGGAAUAAAAGUUUUACAUUUUG